AAGUGCAUCUGUGGCCUGCUGCACAGGAAGAGAAGGAGGUGCGACAGGAAGGAUCGAAAGAGAGGGAAAGAAAAAACACACUCAAACAGAGAAAGUGUCGAGCGGAGGAUGAAGAUGAGCUUGAUGAGAAGUAGAGUAGAGAUGAGCGAAGGGUAACAAACACACACCUGCUGAGUCUCUAGAUUCACCGAAACAGACUGAAGCAACUGAACAUGGGUCGCAUUGAAUGACGCUCAAACACACAGACACCUGGACACACUUUUCUAGCGCAAUCUGGGAUGGACAGACAUUCCCAAAUCCCAUGGCAGGAGUACUGCUACCUGGAUCUGAAGUCCAAUGCUCCAAAACAAGAGACUAGCAAAAGGAUGGAAGACCCUGGGUGGUUACGCAGACACCAGCCAUUGCUGCAUCGCUUUUUAUCCACCUCCAUCUUGGUAAAUGUGGUCCAUCAGUUGAGAAAGGCAGACCUGCUCAGCACACAGGAGGCGGGGCUUAUCCAGGAAAUGGGAUCUUUGAAGGAUAAAGUGCAUUUAUUGGUCGAGGUCUUGAGUGUCAGCGAUCCGCAUGGUGCUGUACUUCAGGCUUAUCUUCAGAGUUCAUACCUGACUGAGUACAACCUUGUUACUAUACAUGACUCUGUGGUUCGACCAUAUAAAGACACUCUCCUGCAGUGGCUCAAAGAGGAUGAAAAUUCACUUGCGCAGGUUGGCGGUAGCUCACAAGGAUUCACUAUCCUCCUCAUAGAAUCUGUCUCUGACCUUCAGCAGAGAGAGCAUGACCUCGUACAGGUGUCAGUCAAUAGAGGGGCGGGGCCUCUUCAUGGUCGAGCGCUGGGAUUGGAUAAGCUGAUCGCACCUCUGACGAGGGUUAGCACCGCCCCACGGGUGACGCUCACAGUAGGCGUGGCCGGCAGCGGAAAGAGCCGAAUGGUCAGCCGUUUCAUCCGCCUAUGGAGCAGCGGUCAGAUCUAUCCAGAGCUGAGUCUUGCAAUCCCCAUUGCAUGCUGGGAACUAAGCAGUUACGAUCGGAUAUCAGUCGAGCGUUUACUGCGACUGUUUGUUCCAUAUGAUAACAUGGAUGUAAUCAUAUUUAAUGAAUGCUGCAAAGUGCUGCUCAUUUUGGAUGGACUGGAGGAAUUUCGACAAACAUUGGAUUUUGCAGAUGCCCCGCCUACUAGCGACCCUCGUCGCGAAAUUCCAGUGUCGGAUCUUAUUGCGAACAUUGUACGAGGUAACCUGUUACCAGGGGCAACACUUUGGCUUUUGUCAAGGCCAGGAAUCGGGGCGAAGGUUCCAGCGGGAUUGGUUGAUCGCGUAACCGAAGCCCCGCCUCUUUCGCAAACACAAAUAAAGGAUUAUACUAAUCAUUGUAUCACAAACACAUUAGAUGUGUACUCAGUAGAGAGCUCGUCAUCUCAAACAGACAUACCUCAGGAUCUCUCCUCCCAAGUCUGGACUUACCUGAAUUCCCAGAAACUAUUGCUCAUUUUGUCGUCUGUCCCUGCACUCUGCCAUGUAAUCGUAACGACGCUGUCGCGCCUUAUAAAGAUAGAAUCGGAAGCCACGCCCCUUCCCCGAACCCUAACAGAAGUCUACGCCCACUACUGCUGGCCACACCUCUCCAGAUCUGACACAGCAAGUGGAGGCAUCAGGAAAACAUUGAACACUUUGGGUCGCCUUGCUUUUUAUAGCCUCUUACGGCGACGAUAUACAUUCGUCGAGAGCGAAUUGCGAACUUAUGGUGUUGACGUACCGCCUCAGGUCGGCACUCUCGGCUACCGCAUCCUCCAACGCAAGCAGAGCUGGUCAUCAGAUAACACGGCAUGGCAGUUCACCCACACAUCCGUGCAGGAGUUUCUGGGUGCUCUCUAUUACUACGUGUCUUCAAGGCGCGCCAUGUUUGAUUUGUUCUCUGAAAGUGGCGUUUCCUGGCCCCGCAUUGGCUUUCACAGUCACUACCGUGCGGCGCUGCAGAAAACCAACCAAUCGGACGCCACAUUACAGGGCAGCCUGGACCUAUUCAUGCGCUUCCUCUCAGGUCUACUGUCGCCCACAGCCGGUGCUUUGCUCGGCGGUCCACUGGGUGUUUCCCGUGAUGAGCAGGUGACCCAGCGCACCACGGCCAUGACUUUGCUUCAGACUACAGUGGCGGCAGCAGGAGGCGAUGCUGUAAGCAUGCGUAGCGUUAACAUGGUGACGUGCCUGGCGGAGCUGCAGCAGGGCGAGUGGCUCAGAUCUGUAGAGGAUGAUCUGAUCAGCUGUGGGUUGCGGGGGAAGCUGAAGGGCGGAGUCUGUGCUGUUCUCGCCUAUUUGUUGCUGGUUUCAGACUCGUGUACUGAUGAGACGCAGCUAUCCAAUUGCCUGGACUCCUCCUCCCUCAAGAGGCUCCUCCCACAGUUGCUGUACUGCAGUAAGCUGAGAAUGGAAAACAAUGAAUUUAAAGAGGGCGCCAUGGAGCUAUUGGGAAGUCUGCUGAGUGCUAAAGAGUGCCAUAUUCAGAUGCUAAGUCUGGCUGAUAACUCGAUAAGCAGUAAAGGAGUUAAACCACUCAGUCGGGCUCUCCUCGUCAACCGAACCCUCACCACACUUGAUCUCCGGGGCAACAAUAUUGGCGCCAAGGGAGCAAAGACGUUGUGUGAGGCCCUUAAAUUGAACCACGUCCUUGUGUCAGUCAAUUUGCAGAAUAACCACAUUGAGGAUGAAGGUGCUCGUUCUCUAUCUGAGGUCCUUCAAUCAAACCGAAAGCUCACCACACUCAACGUUCAGAAAAACGGCAUCGGACCAGAAGGCGUGAAAAAAAUCGCAGAAGGCCUCAUGAAGAAUCAAACUCUACAGGAUUUCAAUGUAUCCAGCAAUCAUCUGGGUGAUCUGGGAACAGUGGCUCUGGCUCAGGCUCUUAUGGUCAAUCACGUUCUACACACACUUAGUCUUCAGAGUAACUCAGUGAGCGACAGAGGCAUUAAAGCUCUCUCACACGCUCUUCAGUCCAACCGAGGACUCUGCUGUCUGAAUUUAAGGGAGAAUUCAAUAGGAGUUGCUGGUGCCAAAGACAUCGCUAAAGCCUUAAAAGUCAACGCUUGCCUAAGAGAACUGGAUCUGACUGCUAAUCUCCUUCAUGAUGAGGGAGUGACGGCCAUCGCUGAAGCCAUGAGAGUCAACAGAUCCAUCAGCUCUUUACAUCUGCAGUGGAACUUCAUGAAGGCUGGAGCUGCUAAAGCCCUAGCGGAGUCUCUCUCAAGCAACACCUGCAUUCAGCUGCUGGAUCUUCAGGAAAACGCUCUGGGUGAUAAUGGUGUAAUCGCUCUGUCCGGUGCCCUCAUGUCAAACUCUUCUCUCACUGUACUUUAUCUUCAGGGUGUUUCAGCGGGUAAAUCAGGAGCAAUUGCAUUAGCUGAUGCUAUGGUGGUCAACAAAACCCUUCAUACACUAGAUUUGCGUGGAAACUCCAUUGGGAUGGAGGGGGCGAAGGCAUUUUCCAGCGCUCUGAAGAACAACAGGAGUUUGAGAAGUCUGAAUCUACAGGAGAAUAGUCUGGGGAUGGAUGGAGCGAUCUUUAUUGCAACUGCAUUGAGAGGAAACCAUCAGCUCACCUACGUAAAUCUUCAGGGUAAUGGCAUCGGUGAAUCAGGAGCAAAAGUCGUGUCAGACGCCAUAAAAGCCGGAGCUCCAGACUGUGUGGUGGACAUUUAGCAUGCGUACACAAACUCUCCACAACACACAUUAGGAAACAUGUUCAUUCACAGCCUUCAUGUAUAUAUUUGUGACAUAUCAUUACGUUUAUGUAUUAAAAUAAGUGUUAAAUGUAAUAUAUUUUAUAUAACAUUACUGACAGCCUUAAUAAAACAUUUUUUGUCAAACAAC